UCCAAAUCCUCCUCGUCCAAGGUAUCCUCAACUUCAUUCCGCCACGCGCCCACCACCGCCACCCUCGCCUGGCUCGCCAUCUCCCUGCCCCUCGUCAUCUGGGACACGGGCUACGUCCUCCUGCGCCCGCUCUCCAUGCCCGGCGGCUCGCUCCACUGGCCCGUCUGGGCGCCCUACAAGCUCUACGGCGAGGUCGACCACAUCUACGGCUGGAAGGCCUUCAACGCCGGAAACGGCUUCACCAGCGCCCAGGGCCUGCUCAACGCCGCCGAGACGCUCAUGUAUCUGUACUAUCUCGCCGCCUGGCUGUUUAGCAGCAAGACCGCCGAGGGGGGUGCCAGGGUGCUGGCCGGCAGAGGCGGCGCCAGGGCUACGCUGUUUGGCUAUGCCGCUGCUGUCAUGACGCUUAGCAAAACUAUUCUGUAUUGGGCAAACGAAUACUACAGCGGCUUUGACAACAUCGGCCACAACCCCCUCAACGACCUCAUCCUCCUCUGGAUCAUUCCCAACGGUGCUUGGCUCGUCGGCCCGACUUACAUGAUCUGGUCCAUCGGCGCCGACCUCAUC